AGCAUGCCGCUUUCACUUUCCUCCCCAUAACAGGAGGCUUCUCUGCCGGGAGGCUGGCAGGAUCUUAGGAUAACAACAGACUGGACAGCUUGGGGUGGUCAAGCCUGCCCCUCCUAACAUCGUGCCUUUCUCAGAGGAGGAACUAGAGAGAUUUGGGCUCUUUUUCGUCCGCUGACUAAGAGAUGCGCCAAGGAAUGGAGGGGGGAAAUCAGCUAGAGAACAACUGCCCUCUCUGGCUUCAGCGUAUCUUCACCCCACUCCUUCUCCACCCUCCGCCCCCAUUCCCAGGCUCCGCCCCCUUCGUGCCCAGUCCCAUAACCCCGCCCCCCCCAAACAGCCAACUUCCCCUCGGAAUCGGGGUGGUCCCGGGAAAGACGACCACGCCCCCUCCUCUACGUCGUGACGCCAUAAUCAGGGCCACAAAGGCGCCUUAGCAACCCCCUGACUACAGUCACCCAGCGACAAGGCUCUAUCGGGCUCCCCCUCCGUCGCCUUCCGCCACCGCUGCCAUCACCAUCGCCACCGCCGUCUGCACCACCGCAGCGGGAGGGUGGAACGGGGAGGGUGGGCUGGGCCAGGCCCGGAGAUCGACCUUCGGGGGGGGUUAGAGGGGGGCCCAGCUCAUUCUCAGCGGCAGUAAGGGGAGAAUAUGGGAGGAAAGAACCAGGACAGCCCCCGGAAAGUCAGAACAAACUAUGUCAUGCCCAGAUAUGUUCCAUCAAGCCCAUUUACAGGACACUUAAGCACAAAAAGUAAUGCUUUUUGCACUGACUCCUCCUCUCUCAGACUAAGUACCCUCUACCUGAUCAAGAACCACAUGGCUGUUCACUAUAAUAAAAUCCUUUCAGCCAAAGCUGUUGUAGAUUGCUCUAUGCCAGUAAGCAUGAUUUCCAGCGUUAAAUAUUCGGAUCAGCAGCGAAGAGAAAAACUUAAGAAGGAAUUGGCACAGUGUGAAAAAGAAUUAAAAUCAGCUAAAAUCUCUACACAAACAAGUAAUAAAUUUAGUCCCAGUCCACGUUUAUCUCCAAGUCGAAAGCUUUCAGAGGAAUUACCAGAUAAGGAUGAAGAAACUGAAGAAGAAAAUGACUUUCCAUCUUUAUCAAAAUCAUUACCACCUGCAUCAGAUAAGCAAUUUCCAGAUUUUUCGAUUCUUGAAAAAAGUUUCAGAAAUGAAACUCGCAGGAGCUAUAGUACCUCAGGUACAUCAAGUCCCCGAAGACAGUUCUGUGUAUCCUCACGUAAUGCCGCCACUGGCAGUACUAAGAAUACCAAAAAUCCACGAAUGUUUCAGUUAUUUGCUUCGAAAGCACCUAGCGGAGAUCUGCUGGAGAAGCAUUCUGCACACUUUACUAACCAGGAACUACCAUUCACUCCUCGCACGUUAAAAACAGAAGCAAAAUCUUUCCUUUCUCAGUAUCGCUAUUAUACCCCAGCCAAAAGAAAAAAGGACUUCCAGGAUCAAUUGAUUGAGGCAGAAACCCAGACUGAAUUAAGCAGUUUUAAAACUCAUUUUAUACGAGCUGAGUUGAACAAUAUGGGUUCAGAAGUGAUCAUUGAUGAGUCCGACACAUCCAAUUAUAAAAUAUAUGGAAUGAAGGAAAAUUUCACUCCUUCCCAAACUUUGGGAAAUAGCAUAACCUGGGACAAGGUUAAAGAUGAUAUUCUUCACUACCCAUUAUCAAGAGAAGAAGAACUCUUAUAUCUCAGCUUCAUUGAAGAUGUAACAGAUGAAAUUCUGAAACUUGGCUUAUUUUCAAACAGGGUUUUAGAGAGAUUGUUUGAGCGUCACAUAGAAAAAAAUAAACAUCAUUUGGAGGAGAAAAAAAUGCGUCACAUGCUUCAUGUCCUGAAGGUCGAUUUAGGCUGUACUCCUGAAGGGCAAAAUGAAAAGCAAAAUGGUACCCUUAAUAUGUCAAAUUUAUUUGCUUUUGAAAAGCUUGGAACUCCAGAAGCAACACAGUUAACAGAUGAAAAUGAAAUCAUAGUGUCUCCUUCCAACAACGAACACCAUAAAUCUCUGGAUUUACAAGAUAAGAAUCUGGUUGACGAUUUGAUCCAUAAAGAAAUGGCAUUCAGUCCCCCACGUGAUAUUGUACGACCCAACUCUGAAAAUAAGUAUUCAGAUGACAAUGAGGUGAUUGGUGAAACAAAUCUUGAACCAUCAGCACAGCCUGAAGAACCAGAUGUUUCCUACACCUCUCUGGACCCUGUAUCUCUUACAGACUCCUUUGAGGAAGGUAGUAAUGACCUUGAAAAAACAGAAUCUGGAAGUUUUUGGGGUCAGAUAUCUCCCCCAUGUGUUCAAAACUCCAUUAAGGAGAAUGAUGAUCAUGAUACAGAAACAGCAACUUCCAAUCUCACUGAAGGAAUCAAUGAGCAAUUUCCCUUGGAUAAUUGAUGUUAGUUAAUAAAUAUUCCAAAUGGCUAGUGAA